UACCAUUAGAAAAAUGUCGAAAAUGAUGAGUUCUACAUCCGUGAGGUCCAGAACCUCCCAAGGUGCGGUCUAUAUGAAACCAGUAAAAAAAGUGCGCACUAAAAAAGAAAUCGAAGAGUUCAAGAAAGAGAUAACCUUCGAUGACCACAUGAUACCACUUGAAGUGAUUGUUCAAAGAUAUGCCACCGAUCUUGAGUCGGGUCUUCGCAAGGCGGCGGCACAAGAAUUGUUCUUCAUAAACGGUCCGAAUUGUCUCAUAGACUCUGCCACCAGGUCCAAGUGGUUGAUUUUUAUUGAGCACUUAUUCGGUGGUUUCAACUUGCUGCUUUGGGUUGGCGGUAUAAUGAGUUUCGCCGGCUACACCAUCUCGUACGUUUCAGAGGGCGAGGCCGAAAUAGAACAUAUUUACCUUGGUCUCAUCCUUAUAUUCGUCGCCUUGUUCACCGGAAUUUUCGGCUACUGGCAAGAGUCCACCAACAUCAACAUCAUGAACAGUUUUAACAAGAUGAUACCCAAAUACGCGACAGUUAUCAGGAGCGGUGAGCGAAUGAUAAUUCCUAGCGAAGAAGUAGUGGUUGGAGAUCUGAUCGAAAUCAAAUUCGGCGACAUGGUUCCAGCUGAUUUACGAAUAAUUGACUCGCAAGGUCUGAAAAUCGACAACAGUCCGAUAACUGGGGAGUCCCUUCCAGUUAACAGAGGUCCAGAGUGCACUCACAAUAAUCCUUUAGAAACCAUGAACCUUGUCUUUUACACGACGAUGGUUGUAGAAGGUACAGGCAUAGGAAUCUGUAUAAGAACUGGCGAAAAAACCGCUAUUGGAAGAAUUGCAGGUUUGACUUCGGCUUUAGAAAAGGAAGCUUCUUUAAUCUCUAGAGAGAUACGCAGAUUUGUCAUAAUAAUCUCGACCUUCGCCUUUAUAAUUGCCAUAAUAUUCUUUAUUCUCUCUUUAGUAAUAGGCUACGAUUUCUUUAAGAGUUUCGCCUUCUUCAUCGCCAUACUGGUCGCCAACGUUCCUGAAGGUCUACCCGUGACCCUAACAGCUUGUUUGACUUUAACAGCCAAAGCGAUGGCCAAAAAGAACUGCCUAGUAAAAAAAUUGGAGUGUAUAGAGACCCUGGGAGCUUGCAAUGUGAUUUGCUCGGACAAAACCGGCACGCUAACCCAAAAUAAAAUGUCGGUAGGUCAUAUGUAUUACGAUUCGCAAGAGAUUAACAUUUUGGACGGCUUCAUGAACGUGGACAGAAAUAGUAGCGCAUGCAAGGCGCUUUGCCGGGUCGGUGUGUUGUGCAGUCGGGCUACUUUUCUCACUACCGACAUGCACCUACCCGUCGACGACAGGAAGACUUUCGGAGAUGCCAGCGAGUCCGCCAUACUGAAAGCCAUGGAGAAACUUUGGGGUGAUGUCGAAUCUCGCCGAGACGAUCACCCAAAAGUAUGCGAGAUUCCAUUUAAUUCCACCAACAAGUACCAAGUUUCGAUUCACAAACUAGCAGGCUCUCAACGAUUUGUCUUGGUGAUGAAAGGGGCGUCUGAACAAGUGCUAGAAAGAUGCACAACUAUGCUGAACAAGGAGGAAGACAUAGAAUUGGACCCUUUUAUUAGGAGCACCAUAAAAAAGGCUUUAAUGCGUCUAAGCCACGUGGGAGAAAGAGUCUUGGCCUUCGCCGAUUUAGAGCUGCCCGACACUUUCGACGAAGAAUACAAAUGGAAGACGGAUCAACCCAAUUUUCCAUUGGAAGGUUUGAGAUUCGUCGGAUUGAUUUCUCUAAUCGAUCCACCCAGAGUCAACGUACCGGAGGCUGUGGAGAGGUGCAGAAGGGCUGGGAUAAAGGUGGUGAUGGUAACGGGUGACCAUCCCAUAACUGCUGCGGCGAUCGCAAAGAAAGUCGGCAUAAUUUCUCCUACCAACACAACACUUUAUGACAUUGCAAUGGGUAGGAACAUGUCGCUGUCAAUGAUAAAGAUGGAUCAGAUGGCCGAGUGUGAUGCUGCUGUUAUUACUGGGGCCGAAUUAAGAGAAAUGGAACAAAAUGAACUUGAGUACUAUUUAAGGGAGUAUCCUGAAAUUGUUUUUGCUAGAACCAGUCCGCAACAGAAGUUGAAGAUUGUUGAGGCUUUGCAAAAGCUUGGGAACACUGUUGCUGUUACGGGAGACGGUGUCAAUGAUUCACCCGCUUUGAAAAGGGCUAAUAUUGGUGUUGCGAUGGGAAUAACCGGUUCAGAUGUGUCCAAAGAAGCGGCUGAUAUGAUUUUGCUCGACGACAAUUUCGCUUCUAUUGUGACGGGAAUUGAGGAAGGAAGACUGGUGUUUGAUAAUCUAAAGAAAAGCGUUGCCUUUGUUUUGACAUCUAAUAUACCGGAAAUAGUACCUUUUGUGCUUUUGGUGACUUUAAAUAUCCCGGAACCAUUGAGUAUCAUGGCAAUUCUUGUUAUAGAUGUGGGUACGGAUUUGUUUCCUGCCAUCAGUUUGGCAUACGAAAAGGCAGAGGCGGAUAUAAUGAACAAACCGCCAAGAAAUCCCAAAAAGGACAACUUGAUCAAUUGGAAAUUGAUCUACAUUGCGUACUUCCAAAUCGGUUUGAUACAAGUCUGCGCCAGUAUGUUGGUCUACUUCGUCAUCAUGGCUAAUUACGGAUUCUUCUUACGCGAUCUGCUAGGUAUACGCAAACGUUGGGAAUCGAAACACAUCAACGACCUGAAGGACCAUUACGGUCACGAGUGGACGUACGAGGCCAGACACACGUUGUCCAAGAGAUGCGUUACCGGAUACUUCCUCGCGUUGGUCAUGACCCAAAUCACCGAUUUGUUGGUGUGCAAAACCAGACGUUUAUCCUACUUCCAGCACAAAUUCAAUUUGAUAUUGUUCAUGGCGAUCGUCUUUGAAAUUUCGGUGGCGAUCAUAGUAGUUUACGUGCCGUAUUUGAAUUCGGCUUUGGAAUUCGAGCCCAUUAAGCCCGAAGUACUUUUGCCUGCCGUGCCUUUUGCCAUUUUCAUCUUCGUUAACGACGAAAUCCGGAAAUAUUUCAUCAGGAAGGAUCCCGAAGGAUUCAUGUACAGGGAAACGUACUAUUGAUUGUCUGUCCGCUGUUAAAUUCCAUCAUAUUAAUAUUACCGUUACUGGUACUAAUUAAGGAAAAAAUACUCAUGCGCUUUUAAUUAAUUUUGGCGUAAUUGCGCAUGUUAUUCAGUGAAGGAAAGAAAACAGUCAUUAUCAUAAUUGCCGGCGUUAUUGUGUGGAUUUAAUUAUACGGCCAUCUCGUAGGAACUGUUAAAGAUCUGGGAUUGUAGGCAAGACAUUAAUUAGAGCCGAUGAUGAGCCUGUCUGUCUAUGACAAAAUAUCACUUUAUACGCGGUGCAUUGUUUCGAAAAGCGCAUAAAUGAAAUUGGACGUUUCCUGUAUCCAGGCAAAAGUUUUCGUAGUGCCUGCACGUGACAACCGUUUGGAUUUGAUAUACAGUCGGAAGUGAUUUAGAUGUCUCGGCAUUUUUCCUCGCCAUCGACCGAUUUUUUAAGCGACACGUACUGCUGCUAAAUCGAAACCGGAUAAUAACCAGGUGAUUUGGAGGUUCCGGCUGGAAUGCGUUGACCUGUUCUUGGUAAAAAAUCCGGUAAUUUGUCAAGGAAUUUAUUAAUGAUCUUUUCGGUUGGUGCAGCUGCACGAAAAUCACCGAAUUAAAUAUUACGAUUUCCUUAAUUUAAUUUUUUCUAAUUGCCUAAAUGUAAUUAAUUAUUUUUUGUUGAA